AUGCAGUGGGAGCUGGCCUGGUCUGCGAAACCCACCGAAAGGCUGAUAAGCGAAAGAAUGUUUUUUGCUGGGGACGAAGGAGAAAAUGGAAUAAUCAAAUCAGACAAGGUAUUUGAAGUAAUGCUGGCUACAGACCGUUGCCACUAUGCGAAAUACAACCCUUAUAUGGAUUCUCCUCAGUCUAUAGGUUUCCAAGCAACAAUCAGUGCUCCACAUAUGCAUGCAUAUGCUCUUGAACUUCUGUCUGAUCAGUUACAUGAAGGAGCCAAAGCACUUGAUGUAGGAUCUGGAAGUGGAAUCCUUACGGCAUGCUUUUCACGAAUGGUUGGUCCCAAAGGACAAGUUGUAGGAAUUGAUCAUAUCAAAGAACUAGUAGAUGACUCAAUAAAUAAUGUCAAAAAAGAUGAUCCUACAUUGCUGUCUUCAGGAAGAGUGAAACUGAUUGUGGGAGAUGGAAGAAUGGGAUAUGCAGAAGAAGCUCCCUAUGAUGCAAUUCAUGUAGGAGCUGCAGCACCAGUUGUACCCCAAGCACUUAUAGAUCAGUUAAAACCUGGCGGAAGAUUGAUAUUACCAGUCGGUCCUGCAGGGGGAAACCAGAUGCUUGAACAGUACGAUAAACUAGAAGACGGCAGUGUCAAAAUGAAGCCUCUGAUGGGAGUGAUAUAUGUGCCUUUAACAGAUAAAGAGAAGCAGUGGUCCAGGUGGAAGUGAUUUUCUGUUCCACUUACUUCUUCCACACACGCAAGGGAUGAAUUGUAAAAGCUACAUCAUCUUGACCCAAACAUAGUGUUACAGUGGACUGCUCAUCUCCAGUUCUAAAAGCUUUUUGAAAACCAACAGCAUUGCAGCUUGUUUUGGACUUUGUUAUACUGUUGUUAUCAGCAUGGAAAAGCGUGAUUUUUUUUUUUUAAUUUUAUUUUAUUUUUUUAGAUGCUCAAGGCAAAUCUGAUAAAGAAAUGGUGGAAAGUUUUGUGUGGGCACUGUUUCAGUUAACAUGCCUUUAUUUUACUUUCAUUUGUUCAAAGAAAUGAAUUUCUGCAAAACUGCAGACAAAGACCUGUAGCUUGUGAACGCUAAUUUUGAUGGGGGUACUUGAACACUCACUUCUCUCAACUCCUGUGUCCCUUGGUAAAACUGCUUCUGUGCACCUUAUGACACUACAUAAGUAAUAUCAGGUUUUCUGUGUUCUGAUGUCUGCUAGAUGCUACUAAAAGGAGAUGAACUUCCCUUUUAAAGCUUUUGACAUGGUGUCGUAGACUAGCAUGUAGUAGAUACAAUCAUCUGCUUUAUUACCUUAAAACCAGGCAUUUGUAUAUAAUAAAAACAUCAGAGGUGGCCGCUCUUAUUAAACGCUGCUGUUCAAGUUGGACAUAACGGACAUGGUUUUCCCUUUUCCUUUCUAAGACAAUUAACGGAGUCUUGAAACUCUGUAUUGUUUUAUAGCUCAUUGCUGAUAUGAUCUAUGUGGAUUUAACUCCGUAAAUAUAAUGUAAGCUAUGUCCCAAUCACUGAACAGUUUAUGCAGUGCUGCUUUGCCAAAUAAAGUUAAAAGCAAAAAGGGGGUUGUGUGUUUGUUGUGUGGAGGGUUAGGAUCACUAUGUGGUAGACUACAGAGACACAGAUCUCUAGAUUCCAAUUAAAGGAACGUCUAGAUUGAUUUUUUUUUUUUUAAAUGAAAGGUGCUUUUGACAAAAAUAUCUGCUGUAUUAACUUUCUAAUUUUUCAACUGUAGGCAACCAGGAAAAAUUCUGGGUUAGUUCUCAGAAGAUGAAUUCACCUUGUUAUAUGAGGAAAACUUGAUAGGUACUGAAGGAAUAAUAAAUCCUGAACACUUAAAUACGGAUAGAGAUGUAAUUGUUCAAUUUGCAUAAAGAAGAGUAGUUGGAAGGGUAUAAACCUUUUUCUGCCCCAGGUUUUGUGGUUUGCUAGUGUAAAAUGACAACAGGAAAACAAAGCAAGAUAGUAAACUGAGCUGCUUUGGGAAAGGGAGGAAGCGUUUUCUUUGUGCUCAGUUCUGAUUAACUAGAAAUGAAAGUAAACUGCAUGUUAUAAUAUUCCUUUCUUCUUUACAUUAAAAAGGAUUAUAGAGUAAAACAAUCUGCAUAAAGACGACUGAUAGUUAUCACUGCAAAAUGUAUUUGACUGCUUAUGGCAGAACAGCAAUAUUUUUGUGAUAGGAUUAAUCACUGAAAGCAUAAAGGUUAAAGUCAAAGGCCGCUGAACAUGAAAGAGGAACGUUUUAAAUAACCUUCCUUUUGAAGGUCAGUUCCAUCCUAGUCCUACGUAAAAGCUAUGUAUCACUUUAAUUUAUUUAGAUGUGUUUGGAAGCUAAUAUGCCACCUCCUGAUCUGACUGCAGCCUGGGAGCACUACACAAAGAUCAGUGUUAUAAAGGAAAUAAUAUGUGUUUUAGAAAACACAAUUCAGAAAAACCCACUGGCGUCUGGCAAAUUUGUACUAACUCACAAUCAGCUGUGAAUCUAGUUCUUGGUGUUGAAGUGAAAUAUCUUAAAUGAUGCAUGCUAAUGUUCAACCUUUUGGUCACUGUUAUCAUUCAAUUUGAGUUCAGCUUUAUUUACAUCUCACUAAUUUAAUCACUUAAAUGAAAGAUAAGAGCUCAACUGUAUCCAAGUUCUUGUCUCUGGAUGCAGUGUAACCAACUAGCCUAACACAGAAGGGGAUAAAGCUGAGACCUGGCAACAACUUUUUAGAGAGAGAACCACUUCAGGAGAUGUAAGACCUCGGGGACCAAGGCUGUUGGGAUUAGUAUGCCCAUUGCACAGAAGGGGUUGAUGAUGGUCAAGUUACUGAGGCAGAAAGUAGUAUCCAGGAGUAGCAUUUAGGAACUGGAAAAUGAAGACCCCUCCACGAAAGAGCAAUGGUUCUGAGGUAAAAGCUUCCUGGAGAAGAGGACAAGUUGAAAUGCAGAUUUGAAGAGCUUGAAUAAAUGCUGUAUGAAUUGUCUGGAUUGCUACUUUGCCAAAUAAAACAAAUGGAGAGGAAGCUGUA